AUGAUCACCGACGGGCUCGCCACGGCGUUCCAGUCCAAGCGCCUCACCUUCCGCGCGCUGGAAGACAACGAGGCCGACAGAGACUUCCUCUUCACGCAGAUCGAGAACGACCCCGUCAGCACGGCCCUUGCGAACCCGGCCAUGGUCGUGCCGCGGUCGUCCAAGAGCGCCCAGGCGCUCGUGUCCGAGCUGGCCAAGUCGACCCUCGCAGUCAUCGUGUGCCUGACGCCCGAAGCCGCUGCGCCUCGCGACGUCCCGCCGCAAGGCACGGCACUACCCUCCAUGCCGGCGCCGCCCACGCCCCCUCCAUCGACACCGACACCGACCUCGGCGCUGACGCCCAUCGGGUUCAUGUUCCUAGGGUGGGGCGGCACGCCGCCGGACCGCGCACAGCACCGGUGCACGGAGCUGGGGCUGCAGCUGGUGGCGGCGUUCCAGGGUCAGGGGUACGGGGCGGAGGCGGUGGACUGGGGCGUCGACUGGGCGUUUAGGUUUGGCGGACUGCACCGCGUCACCAUCAAGACGGUCGGGUACAACGCGCGCGCGCAGCACCUGUACGCGCGGCUGGGCUUUGUCGAGGAGGGCCGCAGCCGCGAGGCGCAUUGGCAUGAUCGGAAGUGGUAUGAUGUUGUGAGCUAUGGGAUGCUAGAGGGGGAGUGGGCGAAGCUCAGGGGCUUGGAGGAGUGA